AUGGACAACUCAUCUUUGUCGCGCUUACCUCUUGAACUGCGCGAACAAAUCCUGGACUACCUCAUGCCCAUGGAAAUCAAGCAAAUCAUCAGUUGCAGGCAACAAAAUGCCAGCAUUAGUUGCUUUGAUCUUGUUAAAAACAUCAUAAUACCACUGGCCCGUCGCCAUGCUUUUGUAGCUAGCUGCCACGACCUCCAGCGCCUAGGCUUACGUCUUGAUCUACGGCGUACAGAAUUCAUUUGGGAGUGUUCUCUGCCGUUAUCAUCAUCUACUACUUACAAGGAUAUCGCAAACCAGAAUGAUGACAUCGGUGUUGUCUUCCAUGCUUUGCCAGAAUUGUAUUCGCUGGGAUUGGUUGAUAGUGUGCGCGGUGUGGGUGCUGCUGUCUCAGACGAUUACCUACAUCGCGAAAGCUGGAACACGAAUGGAGCUCCAGAAGCUCAAAGACAGACAAAUUGGACCAACGAGCCUCUCGAAAUUCUGAAUAUGUACGAGAAAGCCAUGCAUAUCGCUGUCCGCCUACGCACUGAACAACGUCAAAGGGAGCUCGGGCAUCACCAACUCUUCUAUCGUCACUGCUAUCGUUUACAGGCUUUCACCGACGGGAAUGCUGCCAGGCCAAUCNNAAAAAAAGCUUUGAGAGGAACUUGGAAGCGCGAUACGAUGGAAGUCACAAUCGACCUACUGAGUGAAGCAACUUCGCUGCAACGAAUGAGAGCAGCCAUAUCACUUCUCGAUUCCGAGCACCUUCAGAAAACCGAAGCUGUCCAAAGAGAGAUUGAUCGACAGGUACCGCCGUCUUCGGCAAGCAGUAAUGCUGGUCUCGAACGAUCCAUAUAUGUACAGUUCCUCCGCGACAUGGACAUCAAGUAUUCUUGCUGGAGGCAGCGAAUUGAGAAGUUUCAUACAGGCUUGAUAAAAGUGGUCAUGAUCGGUUACGGGAGUGGUUACCAUCACGUUGAAAACGACCUGAGAAGACUGCGAGCUAGACAGACUGUACCGCUGGAUUGUACAGGCGACCAGAUAGUCGACAAAGUUAUUGACAUGGUCAACGCAACGAAGCUUGACAACAUCGAACCAAAUCAAUUUAUCGAGCGUAAUUAG